UGCUAUAACUAGUGGCAGAGACAAGGUCAAAGCCGACCCUAGAGAAAGAAAGGGCGAGCGAGACAGAUACUAGUGAGACUAAAAAGCAGACACUAAAAGAAAGGUUGAAGAUAAAUUGGCUUUAUUGGCAAAGAGGAGGGUGAAUCUUACAAAUUGGGAGAUACACAAGGGAAGAGAAAGAAAAGAAAAAAGGUUGAGACAGAUUGGUUGUGCUUGGAGAAGAGAGUGAAAAAGAAAGGAUAAGAGGACGGUGAGGAAGGGAGUGAGAGAUAGAAGGUAUAAGAAGAGCAAAACGCGGAGCAGCUUCUUUUGCAGGCACAGCCUUACUGUCAGCAGAAAUGCCCAACUUUGCCGGCACCUGGAAAAUGAAGAGCAGUGAAAAUUUUGACGAACUUCUCAAAGCCCUUGGCGUGAACGCCAUGCUGAGGAAGGUGGCUGGGGCCGCUGCCUCCAAGCCCCACGUGGAGAUCCGUCAGGACGGGGAGCAGUUUUACAUCAAGACCUCCACCAGCGUCCGCACCACCGAGAUCAACUUCAUCAUUGGCCAGGAGUUUGACGAGGAAACGGUGGAUGGCAGAAAAUGCAAGAGUCUUGCAGUCUGGGAGACCGAGAACAAGAUGGUGUGCAAGCAGACACUGGUGGAUGGAGAUGGGCCCAAGACGUAUUGGACAAGAGAACUGAAUGGGGAUGAGCUGAUACUGACCUUCGGAGCUGAUGACGUGGUGUGCACAAGGAUUUACUUAAGGGAAUGACACGACUCAUGAUCAACCUGGACAAAGCAGAAAAUACCGGAAAUAAAACCUGUCAGAUACAUUACAACUUGCUCACCCCUGAAAUAUCUUUAGUGCAUCCUAUUAUGUAAUUCAGUAGCAUUGGCUGCCUAGCUAUUAUUAAUAGUGUAAUUUGUGGUUUUGUGGUAAUGCGUGUUAGUUCUGCAAUAACUGCCAUUCUCAGUGUCUUGUCCAUAUUUUCAACUCCCAUCUUCUUUUUGUUUGUAAGAUAUGAGAUUGUCAAUUUUGCAAACAGAGAUAAAAUGGUAUACAAAA